CGACCCUUCUCUUUCACUUCGCUUCUCUCCACCAACUUCGACUGCCACAACGCUCAUAUAUGACUUAGCCUCUACAUCUAGGUCCUCUACUGUUUAACUGCUACGCUUGACCCGUAUCAUUCUUCCUUGCCACCGAGUCCGCGCUCUCGAUUCUUCCGCCUAUCCUGAGUCUCGCCAACGCAGUCCGUCGCACCCUCCCCUCCCGAUCCUUCGUCGGUCGCAAUGCUCCAAACGCAAACUCAGCACGUCUUUUCCCACCAGCAUCAAUACCCACAGGCGGAUCCGUCCUGGUUGCAGCAUCAACAUCAACAUCAGCAGCAACAUCAUCAUCAUCCAGCCCAGCACCCUCACCAGGCCCAGCAGCACCAACCACAUUCUUCAUUGGUCGCCCAACAGCAUGCCCAGGUUCAGGCUGCCGCUGCCGCCGCUGCCGCCGCUCAACAGCAGCACUACAGCCGCAUUGCGAUGACCGGAAAUGUCGGAGGAAACUUGUCUCAGGCCGGUGUUGGGGGGUUGAAUGCCGAUGGCAGUGCUCUGUCGAAUGCAGUAUCAGUUGUGGAUGGCGGGAUGAGUGAGGAGAAUCGCAAGGUCUUUGUCUGGGUUGCCGAACUGCUGGAUCCGGCGCGCAGGGAGGCGGCUCUGAUGGAACUCAGUAAGAAAAGGGAACAAGUUCCGGAGCUCGCGUUGGUCAUUUGGCAUUCUUUUGGCGUCAUGACGGCUCUAUUACAAGAAAUAAUCUCCGUUUAUCCACUUUUGAAUCCUUCACAGCUAACUGCUGCUGCUUCAAAUCGGGUCUGCAAUGCUCUCGCCUUGCUCCAGUGCGUCGCGUCUCAUAAUGAGACCCGCACCCUUUUUCUGAACGCCCAUAUCCCUCUUUUUCUUUACCCUUUCUUAAACACCACGUCCAAGUCUCGUCCCUUCGAGUACCUGCGUCUCACCUCUCUCGGUGUGAUUGGAGCAUUGGUCAAGAAUGAUUCUUCGGACGUUAUAAACUUUCUCCUUACGACAGAAAUCAUUCCUCUUUGUCUCAGGAUCAUGGAGACUGGUUCCGAAUUGAGCAAGACAGUGGCCAUCUUCAUCGUGCAGAAAAUUCUACUCGAUGAUAUCGGUCUUGCAUAUAUCUGCGCCACAUACGAGAGAUUUUACGCCGUCGGGACUGUACUGAGCAAUAUGGUUACCCAGCUCGUGGAGCAGCAGACUGUGAGACUACUCAAGCAUGUUGUGCGCUGCUUCCUUCGGUGGGUUUCCUUGCUAAUUAACUGGGUAUUGGUCCUCGGAGACAUGUCUUUUCUAACAACCCCUCAACAGUCUAAGCGAUAACAGCAGGGCACGGGAGGCAUUGCGUCAGUGUCUACCUGAGCCUCUCCGAGACGCCACCUUUUCCUCUGUUCUCCGUGACGAUGCAGCCACGAAGCGGUGUCUCGCGCAACUCCUUAUCAAUCUUUCCGACAACGUUUCUGACGGAACCGUGAGCGCUAUCAUGUAAAACAGAAAAACAAAGGAAAAGAAAAAAAAAUUUUGAAAGAGGAAGAUUUCUUAAUAUACGUGAUAUAUUCGACAACCUUACGACAUGCAUGGGAUGGCUCAAGGCGAAAACAGGCACGAGGCGCAACGAGUGUGAAAUCAUGGAUUGCAACAUUAAAGGGAAGUGGUCAAAAAGCACCGGGAUUGACUUUUUUUACCCCCUUCUUUUCUUUUCUUCUCUGUUUCAAUUCUUUUCUUCGAACUGGAUGCAUAUUUGAAUAAAUCGGGGGAUCUGGUUUGGGGUUCUUCGUGUUGACUUGUAUCAUGGUUUGCUUUUCUACGUCUUUUUUUUCUUUUCUCUUUCUCUUCUGCCGGGCUUGUUUCAUAUUAUCUAUGCCUAUGUAUUGGCAUGGACAGGGUGUUGGGUGGCGGCGCAGAUCGCAAGAGCUGGCGUGGUUCUUGUUAGGAUGCUGGUACAUUUUACUUUCCCAUAUUCCCCUCGGACCCGCGAUUGAUCUCAUUUUCUGGUUUUUCUUCUUCUUAUUAAUUAUUCCAUGUGAGAUACUGAUGCUGAUAGACUUUCUUUGAGCGAGAGAUACCAUGAUCUAGUCUGUUUUUGCGUUGUCUUGCCCUCUACUCCUGUGUCUGCUGCAUUUCUCUCUUUACAAUGUGUCCUCGCAUAAAAGCAUUUGCACUUUCGUUCUUGCCCACCUUACUCUUGAUGAGGCUAUUUCUGUCUAUAUAGCAGAAAGGGCCUUUUUUUUUUUGUAGGUAGCAUUUAUUAUUUACGUGCCUUUUAAUCAAGUCCCACCAGAUUUG